AUGAACAUCCCAGUAUUAGUGUUGCAAUGGCCGGCCACCCUAGAACCGCCGAACGAAGAGGUCUCUGCCAUCGAGGAAGAAGAAACUUGGAUGACCCCCAUAGUUCGGUACCUCAAAGACGAUAUCCUCCUCGAAAACCGCAAUGAAAGCAGGAAAAUCAAGAAACAGGCCGUUAGAUAUUGUCUAUCUCAGGAAGUAUUAUAUCGCAGGUCAUUCGCCGGUCCAUACCUGAGGUGUGUCACGCCCCGUGAAGCAGCUAGAAUCCUGGUCGAACUACAUGAAGGAGAUUACGGAUCUCAUUCCAGUGGGAGGAGCCUAGUGCUGAGAGCUAAGAGAGCAUGCUAUUAUCGGCCAACAAUGGCGGAAGAAGCUAACAAGAAGGCUAGACUCUGA